GUAGUCGGAUCUCUCUUUCCUUCAUAUGUUUAUCCCAGUAAACCAUUUCUGUCAUAUUAAACCAGACAGUGUCGUCGUAAAUUGUUAUCGUGAAACCGCGAGGCUACGUACCUACGUAGUAACAUCGCUUACGUUCAUGUUUUUUGAGAAGAAAAACGUUGAAAUCUAUUCAUUAUAGUAAUAUCAAACGAGAAAAUGUUUGGUGGCAGUGCGCCCGUUGUUGUUCAAUCCAGGUGAAACACGCGCGGCGAACGAGGAGUGCAAAACGUGGUGCGUCGAACACGAGCUAGCGGUAGCCGUAGUUUGUUAUCAAACAGCGAGUAGUGAGGCCGCGGCCGCGAGACCAUGGCGGAGGCGGCACCUGGAAACAUCGUUAAGGAAGGCUGGCUGCAGAAGCGCGGCGAGCACAUCCGCAACUGGCGCGACCGCUACUUCAUCUUGUUCGACAAUGGAGACCUGGUAGGUUUCAAGACGCAGCCGGAGCGGAACAACUACCGCGACCCUCUCAACAAGUUCACGGUGCGCGACUGCCAGAUCAUGGCAGUGGACAAGCCGCGGCCCUAUACGUUCACCAUCCGCGGCCUGCAGUGGACUACUGUCAUCGAGCGCAACUUCUCAGUGGAUAAUGAAAAAGAACGCGAGGAGUGGGUGGCUGCGAUCCGGUACGUGUCUUCGCAGCUGAGCGCGGGCGGGCCGAGCGCGGGCGGCGGCGCGCUGCCCGAGAGCGACGACCGCGACAUGGCGCAGCUCGGCACCAGCUUCCGCGACCCGCGCCGCAUCACUCUGGAAAAGUUCGAGUUCGUGAAGGUGCUAGGCAAGGGUACAUUUGGCAAAGUGGUCCUGAGCCGCGAGAAGGGUACGGGCAAGCUGUACGCCAUGAAAAUUCUCAAGAAGAACCUUAUCAUACAGAAAGAUGAGGUAGCGCACACUAUUACCGAGAACCGCGUGCUCAAGAAGACCAAGCACCCCUUCCUCACGGCCCUGCGCUACUCGUUCCAGACGGCGGACCGCGUUUGCUUCGUGAUGGAGUACGCCAAUGGCGGCGAGCUGUUCUUCCACCUCUCGCGCGAGCGCUCUUUCUCCGAGGAGCGCACGCGCUUCUAUGGCGCGGAGAUCGUGUCCGCGCUCGGCUACCUGCACGCGGAGGGCAUCAUCUACCGCGACCUCAAGCUCGAGAACUUGCUACUCGACAAAGACGGACACAUCAAGAUCGCCGACUUCGGCCUGUGCAAGGUCAACAUCACGUACGGGCGUACCACCAAGACCUUCUGCGGCACGCCCGAGUACUUGGCUCCCGAAGUGCUCGAGGACACUGACUACGGCCCUGCCGUCGACUGGUGGGGCACCGGCGUGGUGAUGUACGAGAUGGCGUGCGGCCGCCUGCCCUUCUACAACCGCGACCACGAGGUGCUGUUCUCGCUCAUCCUCAGCGAGGAGGUGCGGUUCCCGCGCGCGCUGUCGGGCGCGUGUCGCGCGCUGCUGGCGGGGCUGCUCACCAAGGAGCCGGCCAGCCGCCUGGGCGCGGGGCCCGACGACGCUCACGAGAUCAUGACGCACCCCUUCUUUGCGUCCGUCAACUGGGCCGAGUUGGUGGCCAAGAAGAUCCCGCCGCCCUUCAAGCCGCAGGUCGAGUCCGAGACGGACACGCGCUACUUCGACUCGGAGUUCACCGGCGAGUCCGUCGAGCUCACGCCGCCCGAGUCCGACGCCGGCCUGGCGCGCAUACAAGAGGAGCAGUUCCCGCAGUUCUCCUACCAGGACAUCUGUUCGUCGGCGCAUUCCGCGCUGUCGCACCACUCUGCGCUGACCGACAAGCGCCAGUAGCGGAGGGCGCGGCGAGGCAGGAGCGCGAGCGGCCGACACCCCGCACAUGCUGAGCCGAGGUCCGCGCGCCCGCUCGACGCCCGCUAGGGCGACGGUCUCACGCACGAUACUGUUCAUGUGACCUCACUUCCACACAUUGCCAUGCCGUACAAUCAAAUCACACGUACUUCUUACUGCUUAGGAGCGAUAAACAUAUAAUGCGGAGGUCAAAGUGCCUAGCCUGUCGACUUGCUUUUGAAACAAUGGAAUGCCUCACUAUUUCUGCGAUAACCAUGAGUGCGUUAUUAAAGGUCACAUACAUGCUCUCAUAUAUUAUUAAUCAUGUUCGAUUGCCUUUACACCGUUGCCGUGAGUUUACUUUUGCCACUGCUGCCUUAUGAUUUGCAUUUCGUACAAUCGACGAAGUAUACGUUGUUGUCCGUUUUUUCUAUGUAACAUAAGUUUGAGUGAACCGAGGUCCGUGAGCAGUCCGCGGGACACAACCGGGGACUCCUUCGGAGGCGUAAAUAAAAAUCAUUUUAUUACAGUAUUAAUAUUGUAUUUGGUUAAAACAAUACAAAUAGCCUGAAUAUUUAGAAAGUGUGUACUUUCUUUACAAAUUAUACGCUAGACAGACAAAAGAGCAAGAGUCCUCGUCCGCGGGAGGAGAGCCCGGAUGUCGUGCUCACAAGGCACUAAUACUUAGACGCGCGGGCGCGGCGCGAGCCAGCCGCCGCCGCGCCGCCGCCGGCUAGCGAUGGUCAUGUAUUUCCUUUUGUAUAUAUUAUUAAACUUAGGAUUAAACUAA